GCCCUCCAAAGUCAGCAGGGCUCUGCUUUCUGACCCUGGGACUAGAGCAGCGCCCCCCGGCUGUGACAGGUGCCUGUCUCCCGAAAACCACUUUCCUGGAGCUCAUGGGGGCCACGGAGCUGGGGCUGGGUGGAUCUGGGGUCAGCAGAGCCACCGGAGAGUGGCCACAACUUGUCCCUGGCUAAGUCCCGCAGGCCUUCCUCUUCCCUGGGGGCAGGGCUGUCAGUGCAACCUCUUACCGAUCAGGGUUCCAGGCCUAGACAGCUGGCCGAGUCACCAGGGCACACAAGUCACCAGGGUAUACAAGUUCCCGGACAGCACCAGGAUCCCAGCUCAGGCGCUGCUUGGAGAUGCUGUACUCUCUGUCACUGGCCCUGCCGGCCCUGCUGCUGCUGCUACUGGCUGUGCUCAGGUUCCUGUGGCCCGAGAGUGCACAGCCGGCCUGGCUUGCUGGCCUCCAGUACUGGGGAGCCCGGGGGGCCCUAGCCUGGGCAGCCACCUGGCAACGGCAGAAAUUAGAGCAGACCACUCUGCUUGCCAGCCAGAGCCAGCAGCAGGCCCUGGAGUGGUGCCUGCGGGGAUCCUCGGGGUCCCGAGGGUCCCUCCUGGGGAGCACAGACUUGAACACCUUCCGGACGAAUCUCCCUUUAAGCAAGCCUAGCCAGACCCAAGAUGAGGAAAGAAGGAAGCAGUGCCUCCUUCCAAGUUCAGAGCAGCACCCUGGGGAAGUGUCUCUACAGGCCACCUUGCUAGGUCUGGCAGCGCUCCACAAGGCCUUCCCAGAAGUGCUGACUUUGGGGAGCAGGGCGCAGCUGACCACCUCAUCCCCCUGGCCACACCCGCUCCCCUGGCCCUGCCAGGUUCUGACCCCCUCUGGGUCUGGGGACCCCAGAGCCCUGCUGCUGCAGGCACUGAGGUCCCCAAAGCUUCGGGCCCUGGAAGCGAGGACAGCUACGGAACUUCUGGACAUCUUCUCAGGCCUGGAGACCGAUGGGGAUGAGCUGGCAGAAGCAGUGGCCAUGGGGACAGGGGGUGCGGCCCUCCCCAACCGGGCAGCUGAACUGCGGGAUGCCUUGCAAUGUGGGCCCCGGGGAUUGGCCCUGCGGCUCUGGCCACAGCUGCAGGUGGUGGUGACGCUGGACGCAAGUGGCCAAGCGGAGGCGGUGGCAGCCCUGGAGGCGCUGUGGUGUCGAGGGCUGGUCUUCUUCUCCCCUGCCUACAUUGCUGCUGGAGGGAUGCUGGGCCUGAGCCUGUGGCCGGAGCAACCUCGUGGGCUGUACCUUCUCCCGCCUGGAGCCCCUGUCAUUGAACUGCUCCCUGUCCAGAAAGGCGCCCAGGAUCAGGCCACCAGCCCUGUCCUGCUGGCCGAGGCCCAAGAGGGCCAGGAGUAUGAGCUGGUGCUGACCAACCAUGCCAACCUCACCAGGUGCCGCUUGGGUGAUGUGGUACAGGUGGCCGGGGCCUACAACCAGUGUCCUGUUGUCAGAUUCAUGGGCAGGCUGGGCCAGGCCCUGAGUGUCCGAGGAGAAGAGAUUAGUGAGGACAUGUUCUCUGAGGCCCUGGAUCGUGCAGUGAAGCAGUGGCCGGGAGCUAAGCUGCUGGACCAUGCCUGUGUGGAGAGUAGUACUCUGGAUUCUACCCAGGGAUCUGCACCCCACUAUGAGGUAUUUGUGGAGCUGAGGGGAUUGAGGAACUUGUCGGAGGAAAAUCGCGACAAGGUAAAAAGGACAGGGAUGGGAUAUGCUGGAGGUGGGAGAGAUAGAAGGAGUGGCAUGGGGAAUACGGGCACCCCAAGACCCACAACCACCACCCUGCCUCACUUGGGUCUCUGUUCCAGCUUGACCACUGCCUUCAGGAAGCCUCACCUCGAUACAAAGCCUUGCGUGCCUGGGGCAGCGUGGGCCCUGCCAGGGUAUACCUGGUGGGGCCGGGAGCUUUCAGGGCCCUCCGGGAAGCCCUGGCAGCCUGCCCUGAGUCCCCCUUUCCUCCUGAGAUGCCCAGGAUCCUGCGACACAUAGCCCUGGCCCAGAUCCUACAGAAAAGGGUGGUGUCCUGAGCAGAGCUGCAGGGCCUGAGUUGGAGAGAGUCUGAGACAGAGAGGUCCCUUGGUCUGCACGUGGACGUUCAAGGGUUCCCCCAAACCGCAGGCUGCAGGGCCUCAGCGCAGUGUCCCCAACAGCCUGGCCAUGUUGGGGUGCUCAGCCCCUGGAGUGGACAAACACAGGACUUGGUGUUGUGGUAGUGCUGGGAGGUGGGGAGCUAAAGUGUCCUCUGCACCUGUUUUGGGGGACCCCGUGAGGUGAACACACAGCUCUGGUCUUUCAAUAACAGAUCUUAUUGGUCUUGAGGCCAAAAAAUUGGUAUCAGGGUAAGAUACCCAUCUUGUAUGUGGCCAGCUUGUAUGAUCCCAGCACUGCAUAUGGCCCUCUAAGGACUGCCUGUGAUCCCUCAAAAAACA